GGGCCAUUCCUGGCCAGGGUUAAACUCUCCAGAAGUCAGUUCAGAGGCUUUGUGAGCUCUAUCCCAAAGGAGCAGAGCACACUGCAGAGCUCUGCACUCUGCAGGCACCUGUCCCUGCUCAGAUCACUGGGCCAGGCAGAGCUUUGGCAGAGUGGGGGUGCCGGGGGCACUGAGGAGCAGUGAGUGUCCCCAUUGUCCAGGGAGGGCUGGCAGGGCUAUAUUUGACUGCAGGAUGGGCACUCCAACAUGGGGCACAUUCUUCUGGGGACAGUCAUCCUCGUGUCACCACCAGCAGAAGGAAACCUCCUUUGUCCCUUGCCUUGCCUGUCUCCCUUGCCUGUCUCCUGCAGCCUUCACUGGCAAGAAAGUUUGGCUUUGACAUCCCACCAUGGGAACCAGAGCCUUCUUCCACCUCAGAGAGGAGGAGCAGAAGGAGGAGAGGAAACAGAGCUUGGAAAUGAGCUCCACAACCAGGAAAAAAAGGUUCAAAACCAGUGAGGAAGAGGAGACCUUCAGCCUUUCAGACCUGUCGAUAGCAGCUGCCCUUGCCUUGACCUCUGAGACAGCCAAUUCCAGGGAGUACAAUCUGAGAAGGGAAGCUGAGCUCCUGGAGCUGGAACAGAGGGGGCAGAAGAGGACUCGCUUUGGGAAUGACACGGAGAAGAUGGAAGAGGAGCUCAUCAGGAUCUGCAGGCAGCUCCGAGUGAGGGCUGACAGGAAGGGCCUGCGCAGGAAGCACAUUUCCUUCUUUUCCACCAGGUAUAAGAAUGGAAUUCCCAUCGAUCCCCGCCGAGCCCCAGCAGGAAAAUACAAGAUCAAAAAUCAAUUUGGGAUGCUGACCCUGCACAUCAGCAGAUGCUCCAUGGAAGAUUCUGCUGAGUACAGCGUGGAGGUGAAGAAUCCGCAUGGUGAAGCUUAUUCCUUUGCUACAGUGCUUGUCAGGAAAUAUUAUGGAAAGGAGUCAGGAUUUGAUUCAGAAAUAUACAAAAGAUCCCUUCUGGCCAGAGAGGCAGAUUUUGCUUUUCCACUGAAACCCUUAUUUGCAAGAGAAAAGGAGCCUUUCACCCUCUCCUGUCACUUCUCCUCUGAUUUACUGGAGCACCAAGGAGGCAUCACCUGGUUCAGAGAUGGGGAGCUGCUGCAGGACUCCGAGGGCCGGGAGCUGAGGCGCCAGGGCUGUGAGGCCUCUCUGACAGUGCAGUGUGCUCACAAGGAGGACGAGGGCUUCUACACCAUCCGUGUCCCCUCGCUGCACGGACACAAGGAGCAGACCACCUAUGUGUUUGUCAGAGAUGCUGAGGCACUGACAGCUGGAGCCCCAGGAUCCCCCCUCAGCGUGAGGUGCCACGAUGUGAACAGAGACUGCCUGCUCCUGUCCUGGGUAGCCCCCAGUGACGAUGGAGGAAGCCCCAUCCUGGGCUACCUCAUUGAAAGGUGCGAGGCUGGCUCGGAGCAGUGGGUGCAGUGCAGUGCCCAGCCUGUCAAGGGCUGCAGGUGCCCAGUGCUGGGCCUGGCAGAGGGACAGACGUACCAGUUCCGGGUCAGGGCUGUCAACAAGGCUGGCACCAGCCACCCCUCAAGGGCCAGUGACCCUGUCACCACCCAGGAUGCCAGCAGGGACAAGAGAGUGACAGUGAUCCAAUAUGACCAGGGCAGGACCAUAGAAAUAUCCAAGGAUGACCUGGAGGGACACAUUAAAAUUCCCUUGCCACCCACCAAUGUUCAUGCAAGUGAGGUCAGAGAGGAUUAUGUGGCUUUGGCCUGGGAUGAACCAGAUCCAAGAGGCAGAGAGCCACUGAAUUACUAUGUGGAAAAGUGUCUCGUGGGCAGCAGCUCCUGGCAGAUGGUGAACCUGGAGACGCCAGCAAAUUCCCCAAGAUUUGCACUCUUCGGGCUGGAGAAGGGAAAAUCCUUCCGGUUCCGUGUGCGCUCCGUCAACAAGUUCGGCAUCAGCGAGCCCUCGGUGCCCAGCGCGCCCGUGCUGGCCGGGACACAGCCCGCUCCUCCAUCUCCACCGUCUCAGGUUCUGGCCUUCAGAGACACCAGGACAUCUGUUGUUGUGCAGUGGGACAAGCCCAAGGAUGGCCCAGAGCCCCUUGGGUAUUACAUCUACUGCCGGGAGACGGGCACAGAGCAGUGGCAAACAGUCAACAACAAACCAGUGACAGGGAGCGAGUGGUCUGUCCCUGCCGUUCUGUCUGUCCCUGCUGUUCUGUCUGUCCCUGCUGUUCUGUCUGUCCCUGCUGUACUGUCUGUCCCUGCUGUUCUGUCUGUCCCUCCGUGCCCAGCCUGUCCCUCGGCCCCUCGUGACUUUGUGCUGCUGCACUGUGGCAAGGCUGAGAUGACCAUUGGCUGGAAAGCCCCGAAGCACAAGGGAGGAACAAAGAUCCUGGGAUAUUUCCUGGACCAGCACGAGCCCUCUGAGCCCGACUGGCACCAAGUCAACGCUCGGCCGAUUCCUCGGCGCGUUUGCACGGUUGGCAGCCUGCAGGAGGGGCACCUGUACCAGUUCCGUGCCCGUGCCAUGAACAGGGCUGGAGUUGGGGCAGUGUCUGAGCCCAGUGACCUGUUCAGAUGUGAGGAAUGGACAAUGCCAGAGCCAGGCCCUCCUCACGAUGUCAGGUGCACUGAGGUGAGGGACUGCUCCCUGCAGCUGCACUGGGAAGCUCCUCUGUACCUGGGGGCAGGGCCGCUCACAGGGUACCUCAUAGAGCUGUGUGAAGAAGGCUCAGAAGAGUGGAAGCAGAUAAACAAGCAGCCCACAGGCACCACCCACAUGAAGGUGUCAGACCUGGAAACGGGCAAGUGCUACAUUUUCCGAGUACGAGCGCUGAACAAGGCUGGAGUUGGACCCCCCUCACUCCCCUCAGACCCUGUGGUGGCUAAAACCAAACCUGGCACAAAUGAAAUUGAAGUCGGGGUGGAUGAAGAGGGUUUCAUUUACAUGGCCUUUGAAGCUCCUGAAAAGAAUGACUCCUCUGAAUUUAUCUGGUCAAAGGACUAAGAGGGACCUCCAGAUCCUGACCGAGUCCAGAUUGAAGAGGAAGGCAAUAGAUCAAAGCUGAUACUGAAAGAGCCCUCAGAGAAGGACCUGGGUGUGUAUUCAGUGGAGGUCACAGACGUAGAUGAUGAUAUCUCUGCCAGCUGCACGUUAACAAAAGAAGAUCUGGACAAGUUACUGAAACGCAGCCACGAAAUCAGGAACCCACUGAUCAAGCUGAUAUCUGGCUGGAACGUCGAGGUCCUGGAGAAAGGGGAAGUGAGGCUGUGGCUGCAGGUGGAGACGCUGUCCCCGAACGCGGAGCUGCACCUGAUCUUCAAUGACAAGGAGCUCACCAGCACCCCAACACACAAAAUCAACUUUGUCAAAGAGAAAGGCCUCGUGGAACUGAUAAUCCAGGAUUUCUGUGCUGAUGACAAAGGGAUGUACACGGCCCAGCUCAAAGAUGGGAAAGCCAAAAAUCAAUUCACCCUUGCUCUCAUAGAUGAAACUUUUGCUAAAGUGGCAGAAGAAGCUGAAGCAAAACGGAGACAAUGGAAGAAAAAGCAGGGUCCACAUUUCAUAGAGAACCUGACAUGGAAAGUUUUGGAAAGCUGUGAAGUGCUCCUCACCUGCAAGGCAACAAACCUGAGGAAGGACACCAGCUUCCAGUGGUUCUUCAAUCACAAGGCACGAGCUGGUGGAGUGUUUGAUCCACAGACUGGGAUGGGAACUCUGCAGAUCCCAAAGGUAACCAAAGCAGAUGAGGGCCUGUACAAAGCAGUGGUUUCAGAUAACCGAGGAGAGGACUCCACCCAGCUGGACCUCACAAAAGGAGCCUUUGAGGAGCUUCUGAAGGAGCUGUGCAGGAUCAGUGCUCUUUCUGCCACACCUCUGAAAAUCCAGCCCACUGAGGAGGGCAUCAAAAUCUACACUGAAGUCAAGUACUACACAGACUACAUGAAAACCACCUGGUACCACAAGGAGAAGCAGCUGGAGAGCCGGGACAGGACGAGAGCUGGGGAAGCAGCAAUAGCAGAGAAGCGUCGUGCCAGAGUCGUUCAAGGUCUGCCAGAUGUUGCCACCAUCAUGGAGGACAAGACCCUGUGCUUAACUUGUUGUGUGUCUGGAGACCCCUACCCAGAGAUCACCUGGUUCAAAAACGAGAAGGUCAUCGAGUUUAAGGACAGAUACAAGAUGGAUGUGAAGGGCUCAAUGGUCACAAUCACCAUAGAGAGAGUCUGCAAUGAAGACACAGGAAAAUACAGCAUCUAUGUCAAGAAUAAAUAUGGCUCUGAAACAGGGCAGGUCACCAUCAGUGUCUAUAAACACGGGGAGAUCCCAAUAGGAACAGAGCAGGAAAUCCCAGCUGGGAUUGCCACAAAGAAGCGUAAAUGAAUUUAUUGUCUCCUUGAAUCUGAAAGGAAUUUAACUCCUUCAGAUGCCUUUUGGUGUCUCUGUGUUUAUUUUAGCAGUAUUUCAGUGGUUUGGCAGUUAUAGAACAAUUCUGGUGUGUGUGUGUGUGUGUGUGUGUGCUCACACGUGUGUGCACUGCAUGUUCACCCUCCAGAGAGACUCUGCCCUGGUAAAUCUGUGUGGGCUUUCAGUGCAGGGUUUUUAUAUUAAAUCUCUACAUGUAACAGA